AUGUCACAGUCACCUCCUCGUUCUAUCACCAGCACCGGCAGCGAGUCAAACAACAGUACAAGAUUACGAUCAUCUUCUGCCCAGGGCUAUCACUCGGCAUCCAAUUCCAAGUCAUUCUCAUCGGAGGUAAAUCCCUUCGACACCGCACUUCCCCCAAUUACUCAUGCACAUCCCCCUGUCACGACGCACCGCCGGACGGGAAGUACCCUCAAAACAGUCAUGCGCAAAAUCUUCAACCGAAAGCGACAGAGUCAGGGAGAAGGCAUGAUAGUAGGUCCCGCCGAGACCUACUUCUCUUUGCAAGGAAAUUCUCCGGAGCCGAUCGUGGGCAAGUCCUUUUUGGCAGCGCCGUCCCCCCCGCCGUCCAAGUGCAACAGCCCCUUAUCAGAGGCCAAUCUUCAAUUAGCCACGAAUUGCCUGUCGCCCAACAGUCUAGUUAGUAGCUCUCUCGCGCCGGCAGGCCUGGCCCUACCACCGCGACGUGCAUCUUUGCCGAGUGUGAUAUUCUCCGAGGACGAGUCACGUUACGGUGUGGCAUCAGCGGUCUCAGACCCCCAAGAAAAUCAGUCAGUCACUUCCGCACGGAAGAGUCAACAUUCGGCGCUGAGACACCGGCGCCGCUCACGCAGCAUUGGUGCCUUACGUUCCCCUACACGCGAACAACCAGGGUGUCCUUCCCCUUGGGUAUCCCGGACCAUAUCAUUCCCUCAGACAACGAAGGGUCCCAAAUCCCCUCUUCCUAAACAAGAGAUCCCCGUGACCGAACGGGCGCCUCGUCGUCCUUCGACAGGAACGACUUUCACGAGCCAGACCAAAGGCUCAGAGGCGCCAACGUCAUCGUUCCCGGAAAUCAAUCCAGAUCGGGUCAGCCUCCUCCCCAACAUGGCCAACCUGGUCCGAGCCAUGCAGCAAGACGACAGUCUCACUGUGGAACAGCGGCUGAACACAAUCGAGGUGAAAAUGAUUGACCUCGAGUUCGCAAUCGCACGAAUGCAGACUUCCUCAACGUCCUCUACGCCAACGGUCGAAAAACACCCAGAGCGAGAGCGCAAACGAAGCACUCCUCGGCGCAGAGAGAAAGCAUUGCCGCAAGUGCCGAAACAGUCCUCACGUUCCAUCUCCAAUAACCGUGAUAAAUCCAAAGUCCCAACGACUAGCACAACUGAGCCUAAAGGCCAACCCAAAAGCACCAGUCCCAACCGCACGGACACGGAAAAGCCGAACAAGCCCGAAAUUUCUCGCGCAGACUUGUCUACCAUUUCCGUCGACAACUUCAACGGUAUCUCUAUCGAGCAGUACAGUGCUCUGGUUACUCUGCUCCGUCGCGAGCAGACCGCCCGUCGAAACCUAGAGAGCCAGGUGUCUAGCCUCAAAAAGGACAUUCGUCAAAUGCAACGCGCCGCUCUGCACUCGAUGGAGAUGGGAGGUACCAUGUAUCCCAUCUCAAAUGCCGACUCUCAAGAGUUCCUUCGUUUUCGGCGGGCGCUAGACGGAUCAGAGUGUGGUUCCCCCAGGCGGGCGAAUGAUGAGAAAGGGAUGAACAGUGCCUAUGAGACCGAGUCUGAUUACGAUCCCUAUGGACCGCCGAAAUGGGAGCGGGAGAUGGAUCGGGAAAAGGGCAGGGUACAAGAGCUGAAGCUCGGUCCACCCGGAAAGCGACUUGCCACGACUGCAAUGGGUUGA